AUGUCGAGCGAGGGGCCGCCAGAAGCGGUCUCAGAUUGGUCCCGCCUGCCCUCCGGCGUGCUGGAGCUCCUGGUGGCGGGCCUGCGCGCGGGGGACCGGGGCGCCGCCCGCGCUGCGUGCACCACCUGGCGGCGCGGCGUGGACGGCUGCACGACAUCCUUGCGGUGCAGUCCCGCCUGCCGCGUGUGCGCUGAUCGGCUGGUGCGCCUCUUCCCGCACCUCACGGCGCUGGAUGUCGGCCUGGGCUGCCAGUGGGUGCAGCAGGGGUCGCUGUUCGAGGACGUGGGCGGCGGGCUGGCCGCCCUGGGGGGGCUGGACGAGCUCCGGCGCCUGAGCCUGUCCGGGUGGUCCGACCUGGGCGACGGGGACGCGCCGGCGCUUGCAGGGAUGUCGUGCCUGACGUCGCUGGACCUGACGUUCUGCACGGGGAUCACGGGCGGCGCGCUGUACAGCCUGCUGGCCCUGGGGAGCCUGACCAGUCUGAACCUCACCGGAUGCUCCAGCAUACAAGACGAUGGCUUCCAUGUGCUGGGCUUCCUCACGGGCCUCAAGUGCUUGAACUUGUCAGGCUGCCAGGUCACAGAGGACGGGGUUCGCUUUCUUGGCAACCUAACCAACCUAGCCUCUCUGCACCUGUUGGAGUGCACUAAGCUAACAGACAACGCGCUGGCCUGCGUCCUACCCCUGCUGGUGAACUCGCUGACAGAACUCGACCUCUCUGAGUGCUCCUCUCUGACCAACAAGGUGGGGCCCACCCUGCGGGCCUGCACACAGCUCAGGGUGCUCAACCUGCAGGGCUGUGACAGAAUUCGCGGGAUGGACUUCAUGGCAUCUGAGCUCACAAAGCUGCCCAGUCUGGAGAAGUUGAUUGUGAUGGAGGGCGGCCAGGAUGGCGGCGGCCACUGCGACCUGCUGCUGGGAUCGUCAGACGAAGAAUUUGCAGAGCUAGGCGAGGCCAGGGAUAGGGGCAGCAAUGCAGAGUGCUCCAGCGAAUCAAACAGCAGUGGCUUUUGUGGAGAGCCCCCUGUCAAGAGGAGGAGAUGGGCAAGGACACAAGGCCCUCAACCCAAGUUUUCUUGA